AUGGCACCUCGCAACCCUGAACUGCCGCCGACGCCCUUGCGCCAUCCACAACCGCAGAGGCCGACAAUCCCACGCCUGUUCUCCAGGCUUUCCCAUGCCUCAAAGCGGUCUUUCCGCUCGUAUUCUUCAUCAUUCGAAGCCGACGACGAACGCUCAGGAAGUGAUUCACGAUCCCAAUUCGACUCCGACUCCGAUUCCGACAUGGAUACCUCGACGGAAAGGGGACAGAGCCGCGAGCGACGCCGCCGGCGCUCGCAUAGUGGUGAACAAUACGCAGACGAAGACACGAGGCCGACGAGCGAAAAAGAACUUGCCGGCUGGUACAUGUACUCUUUUGCUGCGGAGACGUAUGUGAUAUGCGCUAUCGGCUCCUUCAUUCCAAUCUUACUUGAAAGUCUUGCGCGCGAGAAUGGCGUCCUCCUCAAGGAUAGAACAUCGCCUUGCAAGGCAAGCUACGACAAGACCCCAGAUGGCGGGAAUGACGACAACCAGUGCGUAGUCCACGUCUUGGGAAUGGAGAUCAACACCGCCAGCUUUGCCAUGUAUACCUUUAGCGUCAGCGUCUUGUUGCAGGCGCUAUUGGUCGUGAGCAUAAGUUGCGCUGCAGAUCACGGCAACUAUCGCAAAAAGCUGUUGCUGGCCUUUGCUUGGAUCGGCAGCUUCAGUGUCAUGGCCUACAUAUUCGUUAGCAAGGAUAUCUAUCUAUUGGGAGCAAUCCUCGCCAUAGUCUCCAACACCUCAUUUGGCGCCUCCUUUGUCCUCCUCAACUCGUUUCUCCCCUUGUUGGUUAGGCACCAUCCAAGGGUUGAGUACGCGGAACCGGCGACCAGCGACGACCUCGACUUUGAAUCAGAGGAUCGAAUGCGGAAUUCAUCCUCGCACCUCCUAGCGGAUGAGCACGACGACCACUAUGCGCUGUCUAGAGUGCACACCAAGGAAGAGCUCACCUCGAUCGAAUUGCAGCUAUCGACCGAGAUCUCAGCCAAGGGCAUUGGCAUCGGCUACUGUGCUGGCCUGUUUGUCCAAUGCAUUGCCAUCGCCAUCGUCUUCAAACUUAGAAACUCGACUUGGUCUCAGAGAGUCGUGCUAUUAUUUGUAGGAGCUUGGUGGGCUAUAUUUACUAUCCCUGCCGCAAUGUGGCUCAGGCCACGACCAGGGCCUCCGUUACCUGCAGCAUCAGAAUCGAGCCGUGGUGGCGUGGCGGCUUUUGUUUCUUACACUUUAUACGCAUGGAAGGCACUAUUUCGUACUGUCUCUCUGGCACGGCGUCUGAUAGACAUUGUGCUGUUUCUCGGCGCGUGGUUUCUUCUUUCAGAUGCCAUCGCCACCACGUCUUCCACGGCUAUAUUGUUCGCCAAGACACAACUGCGGAUGGAGCCCUGGGCACUUGCCAUGAUCAAUGUAAUCUCGACAACAGCUGGUAUUGCAGGUGCAUUUUCUUGGGCCUUCAUCUCCCGGCGACUCGGACUCCGACCGCACCAGACGAUCCUAGCGUGUAUAGCACUGUUCGAGCUUAUUCCGCUUUAUGGACUGAUGGGCUACCUCCCGUUCGUCAAGAAUUGGGGCGUUCUGGGUCUGCAAAAGCCGUGGGAGAUGUUCCCGCUCGCGGCGGUUUAUGGAUUCGUGCUGGGAGGACUGAGCGGAUAUUGCAGAUCAUUGUACGGCGAGCUGAUCCCGCCCGGAUCCGAGGCGGCAUUCUACGCCCUGUACGCCAUCACGGACAAGGGCUCAAGCAUCUUUGGUCCCGCGAUCGUAGGAGCCAUCAUCGAUGCCACAGAGGAGAUUCGGCCGGCUUUCUGGUUCCUGGCCGCCAUGGUGGGGCUCCCUGCACCGCUCAUUUACUUUAUAGACGUCGACAGGGGCAAGGUCGAGGGUGAGAGGCUUGCCGCGGUCAUUGAGGGCUAUCGGAGGCAUCAGGAUGAGUCCUUUGACGACAACCGGUUCCAAAGCGAUGAUGACGAGGAUGGUCGAGGACCUAUUCUUGGGGGGCGCGACGACGAAGAUGAGCAUGACACGGAGCGCGACGUUAGGGGGAGGUAG